UGUACUUAUAUGUGUUCUGCGGUCGCAAUAAAAAGAAUUUUGGAAGCUUGCCCAAGAGUUAAUGCCGUUAAUAUGGAGGAUGUGCUUUAUACUGGUAUUGUUGCGCAAGAGGCUAAUGUUAGUCGUGUAGAUGAACCUUGGCACUUUUGGGGUGGGGGUGCUUUUGAUAAACAAACAUAUUGUGCGGAUGGCUUUCCCUAUACAUUUGCUGUAUAUGAUCAUAUUUACUCAAUCGAGCUUUUUGGUGAUUUAUAUGCUAAUCUUAAAGAUAUGAAGUGUAAAUGGAAUUUGUGA